AUGUGUCCUAAUGAGCGCCCCUGGUCCCAGAGCGAGGAAGAUCAGCCUCCCAUGGAUGAAAACACCAACGAAGCCGACACGUUCGAUGAUCCUACCGAGUCCGAGAUUGCGGCAGACACUGCCGAACAAGACGCAUUUAAUGCCUUCGUUAACACUAUCGCCGAACUCCUUAGCCUCGGUUUCAGCAACCAACAAAUUAUGCGCGUGUUUGCCGAAUCGCUUGAAAACGCGAAAGAAAUGCGUAACGAUAAGGAUAAAGAUGAUAGCGGAUCUGUAUCUCUUUGA